AUGUUGUUUUCUCUCUUUUUUGUUCUUUUCUUUUUCCAGAUCAGAGCAGGAUAUCACUAGUUCAGCAAAACAUGGGUUAUCAGAGAAGGUAAACAAAUGUAAAUGGAUGUGGAUUUGAUAUCUUAAGGAGAUACUGUGCUUACUUAUGAUCCAGAAGCAAAGUAGUUUAAAUGGGAGAGACUUUUAAUAAAGCAAAGAAGGUUCAAAUUAAUGGAUCUAACAAAGAAGAUUGAAGCUCUAGAGUUCACAGUAAAUCUUACCAAUGAAACUACAGCUACUCUCUAGGUUAACACAGAUUAAUACGUGAGAGUUGUUGUAGAUGGUAUCGCUUAUCAUUUUCCAGCCAGUGAAGUUGAUAUCGGUGAUAGAAUUUACUUAGUCAAUGCUAAUCAAUCCAAUGAUGAUCCUCAAAAAAUAACAAAUAAUCUAGUAACAAUUGACAACAUUUAAACUUCACUUGAGAAAGAUAUCAGAUACUAUGACAUGUACACAGCAAGUGGAAAUAUUGUGAUCAAUAAUUUAGCAUGUGUAUGUGAAAUAGAUUUCGAUGGUACUGACUACUACAUGAUGAUUGUUGAUUUCAUUGAAGAACAUUUUGAUGCUAAACUUCCACAAAUUAUUUCAGACAUCAGCUAUUUCUUCGGAUUAAGUGAUUGGAUUAGACAAAUCUUAAAAAACUAAUUUUGA